CCUCUUGAACAACAGGCCUUCUCUGACGAGGAGGAAGCUCAGGGACAACAAGAAGAACGAAAUCCUGGUCCUGCACAGGAUAAACAAGAACAUAUUCACUUGGCGAAUGGUUCCACGACUCGGCAAGAGCAACACCGUUCAAGAACAAUAGCAACUACUGCGAAUGAAAAAGUAACACCAUUACGGAUCCGCAAAUCUGUGAGCGGUGUCGUUUCUCCUACACCAUUUAGCGGACCAGAUCACGACUUUGAGGUGCCCAGACCGAUCCACUCAGGCAAGCAGCUCUCCCCACCUAGACGCAAGAACCUGCAUUCGCUCGCAGUUCACAUCCAAGGACACGACGGCUUUUUUGGGGCAGAAAGUUAAGGCUUCAUCCCCUGAUCCAUCUCCAUAGAGAUCCCACAACCGUAUGCCUCCCAAUGCAAGGCCCGCAACGGAUGCUAACCACGCAUACUCUUGCGGUAUCCCUGGAGGGACGAACUGGGGGAAGCUCUAAGAAAGUGAGGAGGUGGAUUUUUCCGAACGUAAAGGAAGUCCAACUCAGGAACCGCAAAAAGGAGGAGAGGAAGGAGGUGAAAACCUGGAAGAAUUAUAUGACGAGCAUGCGAAUGCGGCUUUGCUCUCUCCCGACCUCGCGAUCGAUCCUAAGGACAUCAGGUUCGCGUUACCAGACGAGUAUCAUCCACAUUCCUCUAGUGCUGAAGAAACCGGAGGCGCCUCUUCUGACGAGGAUGACGAGCUGCCGCCUGCAGUUUGGUACGAUUUUCAGAAGUCUGGUAGUAGUCCCAAGAUGAGCAUGAGUAUGAUCAAGAGCAUGACGAAGAGGACAUCAACGAGUCGCGCAGCAUCCUCUACGAAGAUCCAAAAGUUAAGGUCGCUAGGUUGUCACUAUCCCCUGUGGAGCAUGCUGACCGGAGUGGAGUCCGCCUUGAUUUGAAAAGGGGAACUAAUGGGGACGCAGGGGGCAUUCUAAGGGGAUUCUAAGGGGGACGCGCGGCAUCUCACUGAGCCAGGGAUAGGGAUAAACUAGCGCUAAAAAAGGGCACUGACGAUGUCGACACCUCAACCAUUUCGAGACGUGGCAGUACCAUAACCGGAGCACAGGAGCUAAGCGCACUCAUAGAUCAGGUGGAGCCUAAGAAUUUAUCAGGAGACAAUAAUGGAAGGGAGGUUGCUGCUCACGAAGAGCAUAGGAAGAGCAGUUGUACUACUGGAAUCGAAAAUGAAACUAGUACAGCAGAUGCUGGUGGUCAUGAAAUAUAUUCUCCAAGUCACCAGGUAAACGGUUCAGAAAGUAAAAAAAGUGCGUGCUAUUCUCCUUCCGACAAUGAUGAGAAUACAACAAUGGCCAUCAAAAAUCACGGGACCACAGCCAGUAGAAUACGUACAAAUAGUACGACUUCCAGUAUGUUGACCACGACAACGAGUAUAACAAGAAAUGUGGUAGAAGAUAAGAAAGACAGAGCACCUGAGAAGUCCUCGGAUCAGCGUACGAGGAAAGGCAAAAAGCCGCUAUUCGUAUGGGGUGGUCGUAGCUCAGACUCUUUCGCGGCCAAUGGUCGUGCUCGCCGUAACAAUAAGGCAUCGCCAGUAGACCCCCUGCGGACACGGGCUUCUCUCCUAGGAGUAGGACCGCCCACUACUACAACUUCUAGUACAACAGCAUCGUCAUCUAAUUACCUUGCUGGCAGCACCGUACCGAAGUCUUUUAUGAGUCCUAGUACUAAAGACAUGAUCAACAAAAACAUGGCGGUGUUGGAAAGCACGUCGACUCCACCAACGGCCUCAUCCAGUUCUUCCACUUUAAUGCAGAAGAAACUACUAGGCUCUUUAGCAGCAGGAACUACUACUCGCAGUAGUCAUAGUAUAAAUGGCGGACUCGGGCAUAACACUUCUAGUAUGAUCAGCGUCACGUCCUCCUUUCAGAGUCUUGCAAGUGGCCACAGCCUAGUGAGUCAGAACUCUGUUCCUAGUUCUGGGAGCCAGAAAAUCCCUCAAAUAGCCGCCUCGUGGGGCAAUCUUGGUACAAGUUCACUAUCCAGGUCCAGCGUGUCUUCUGCGAGGAUGCAAAUAGCCAGUACCCGGACAAGACGAGGCCUGCCUUCUCCUGGCGAAUCUGGCACUGCUAUGGAUGAGUCGCCUAUAGCUUUUGUGAGGACCAAAAACAGCAAUAGAAUUAGAAUUAGAAAGGGAGGAGGAAGAACCUCCAGAACCUCCGGUGGCGAGCAUGCUGUGGAUGACGUCAAUCUUCAAGAAGCAAGUUUUCCAAUGAAAACAGUAAUUAAGGCUCAACUUUCAAUGGUUAUUGGGGUCGGUCACUGAGAUCGAAGAGGCGACCCCUUGAGAGAACAGGGGAAAACGAAGGGAAAGGGGAGAGCUUUGGAGGGGGUCUCUUCCGUUCCGAGUCAGUGACCAAUGAAUGCUGGGCUUUAAAGUAAGGACAUCAACUUCGACGAAUUCGAGGUCGAUGUCUUCGAAUAGUCCUCGUAGUUCCUCCUCUGCGCGGACAACUAGUGCCGACUCUGGCAUUAAUGCCAUAGGUUCUUCGCGUGUUAGCCGUCCUAAAGGGGACUCUGGUGGCACACCGAGAGGCGAAGAAGGCUGUAUGCUCAGUCCGAGAGAGGACGAAGAGAACAAUGAAGCAGUAGACCAGAUCACGUCAGAUAGCAACUUUCUCGCUUCUAUCAGACACCCGCAGCGAGAAGGUGAAGCUAAGGACACCCCCAAACCAGGUCUCAUGCGGAGAUGGCUACCAAAAGCACGAGGAUGGUUGAGUCCACGCAAGUCGGUUAUCAAGACAAACAAGAGCUUUCGCGACUCGAAAACCAGUAGCGCAGGGGAAGAUGUUGUAGUUUCAACUAGUACAACUGAUCGGGUACAGCCAACUAGAAUUCUUGCGGAUUCUGCCGAGCCACUCCCAGGUAAUAAGGUCAACGUAGCAGUGGUUAAGAGAAGCAAAAAAACCAGUGUUGAAGAUGGGAAGUCGACAAGAUCAGCUUUCGAAGAAUUUCGGCUUCAAGAGGAACAUAAUCAUGUCCUAGACGAGGAUCUCCUAGAUCCUGACGAAGAAUUCCUUCUCCCGUCUCCUGAUGAUGAUAUGUCACGUAGUGGCCUCAAAACUCGGUUGUCUUCUACGACUCCUGCCGGUGGACCGAGUACUAGAACGCCUAUCACUUCUGCUCCAGCUGUGCCGAGUAGGGAGGAGCUCGACGCGAGUAAACUCUCCGCUCUAGAGGAGGCGCUAGCAUUUCGAGAUCCGGCUGAUGGUUCAACGUCCGAACAUUUUUCCUCGGCGGAAACGGUCUUGUAAGAUUAAGGGUAGGUUAAAGGUGCUUUUGUUACCGUUUGUUAUGGCUCUCUCCCUUAGGUGGGGACAGCCAUAACAAGCGGGAUAAACGAACGCCAAAAACCUACCUCUAAUAAGAGAAGAUUGAACGGGGACUGGGGCUGCACAUAGACCUACUGUGGGGCGGGACGGAAGGGUCGUUGGAGGAGAAGGCGACCCUUCCAGACCGUUGUUUAGUACUACACUGAAAAAGACCUCAACACCAUUUGAUAUGAUGGACCAUGAGGUUUCAACUACCACUUUGAGCCUGCAGUUUUGAAUGGGAGAGGUCAUGUGAUCAACAGCGGACAGCACGAUUUCUUCAAAAGAACUCUGACAACCUAGUACAAGGUGGAGAUAGACCAAUCUGCUUGUUAAUGAAUGUAGGCUGACGGGGGACGAUACAACACCAAGCAGCAGGUCAUGACAUUUGUCAUGUUACCUCCUGGUCCAUCAUAUCAAAAGGUGUAAAGUUGAAGUGAUCAGAAACCAUUUGAUAUGAUGGACCAUGAGGUAUCAUGACACGACAUGACGGCGUCACCGUAUGAAGAUGGUUUUCAUGCCUCCCAGUCCCAGGGAAUAUAACUUUCACUUUUUCACAAAUAACGAGGGCAUUGUGCCAUUUGAAAUCUUCUCCUCUUUUCAACUUUUUCACAUCAGCUACGUCUGUAACUGACCACCAUAUUUUUGCGAGGAGACAACUGAC